AUGUUGCUCAGUGGGCAGCACGUACUGAAGCUUUCGAGCAAUAUUGUACAGCUCGGGGUCUGCAGCAACGUCAUCGUAUCUCUCGACGAAGACCCGCGAAUCGAGCUACUCAGUGAUCUCUUUCAGGACUCAAGAGCUCCCGAGCUUAUUCUCAUCGCACGUGUCAAGUUGACCAUACUGCAAAAUUGUCAAGGGAGCGGCCCCACAGACGAGCAAAUCCAACACCCAAGGUGGCACGAUGUGACCGAUGACUAUCGGAUACUUCGAAUCGGCUCCGUGCCUCUUCGUAACGGAGAUGAGGCUGAAAUGGCAGAGAAAGUUUGCGACCAUCGACGUGAAGGGAUCGCUUACAUGCAAGCCCUCACGGUCUGGAUGGAUCGCAAGUCUGGAGGACUCCAUCUCAGAAGAUGCCACGCUUUCGACUUCGACGAUUUUUGUAUUGGAAAUGCGUUCGAGGACACUCAGUGGAAUCAAAGAGCAUUCAGCAACAGAGACUACUUUCUCGGUCGUCUCCAAAACGUGCAAUGCCGGCAAGGGUCGAAAGAGGAUUUUGUACAGCUCUUGGAGCAGUCGCUACACGAUGAGGAUGAAGACGCCCAGAUGGGCAGUGGCAUUCCCCUUUUGCCGACAUACUGCUACAACAAAUUUCGGCCUGCUCAACAUGGCUUGGGCUUGCUGUCCUGGCCGAAGCGUGGGAUCGAUGUUGCUGCAACUUUUGUCGACAGAUAUGGAGGUGUCCGAAACCUCAAGUUCCCGCAAGAUAUCCGCAUCAUUGUGGAGGAAAAAGACUCAUUGGAAGAUGUCAUCGAAUGUCUGCUACAAGAGAUCAAUCGGCAAGGCUGGGAACAUGGAACCUACUUCAAUUCUGCGCGGUUGUUUCGUGCUGAGCAUAGGGGGAAGUGGAAAGUGAAGCUUUGGAUCAUGCCACAGACCAACCAACGCAAGAUGUAUCAGUACCAUUCCGGGAAUCUUCUUCAAUUUCUGAGUCCGGCAAUCACGGAUGUCAUCGAGAAGCUCUUCCCAAUCCUGCAAAUGGAUCGUACAGCCGUUCGCAACAUGACGGCACAUCUCGGCGACCAACUUUGCAGUCAGCGGAUGCUUGAACCGGUUCACGAGUUGGUCCGCAUGGGAAAUGCCCUUAUCGGCAAAACGAUCAUGUUACACGUUGACCCCGAAACUAGCAGUAUCGCUCAGGCUGCUGACGCAGGACCUUCUCAACAUGCCACCAAUCGUCGCUCUGUACAGACCUCAAAUAGAGGGAAAGGUCUCAGUGCCGCAGCAAUCGAGGCUCCAGCAACUGGGUCUGGGUCUGGGGCGGAAAAUCAUACUUCUGAGAGCGUCGAGAAUAGCAGCGGAGACGAAGAACCCGCACCGGACACUGGCAACGAUGAGGUUGAAGCAGGCUCUGAUGACGGGCACAGACCAUUUGUCGAUUUCACGUUCAAGGGCCGAAAGUGGUCGAGAGAAGAGAAACGAUGGAGAGGAAGUUCGAAUAUGGCGGAGACUCAGAUUUCGUGCUCAGGUCGGCGUCUUCCUUUUGAUUUCACCGAUCUGGUCAGCGACUUGAUCCUAACCUGUCGGAAUAUCCUCCAACGAAGAAUCAACAGGAACGAAGAACUAGUCGAAGCUGCCAAGACUGGACGCCUGAGUGUCCCGUUUCGUGCAUCCAUCGAGGCUCCAAAUGCAUUAGACAUGUGGGUGUCACUGUCUGAUGACAGAUUCAACGUUCGUCAACUGCGAGACCUUUUCCGCGACCUCUCACAAGCGUACGACCUGCGAGUACACGUUAUUUUCGACGUUCAGAUGUCAAAACGACUUCCCAAAGAUUCACAUGAACGGGGAAUCUGGCAACCAUUAUACAAGCCGUUUGAAGUCGUUCGCGUGGGCAACAAGAAGAAGGCCAAGAAGGCCGAAAAGCCCAAGGCGGCGGAUGAGAUCGAUCCAGAGAGGCCGCUCCUUGCUUGGCGUUGUGCAGGAAAAAAUAUCGACAUGGAGUUGUUCAGCAUGCAUGCUUACGACUUCGGGAAAUACUGUAUUGGUGACGCUGAUUCCUUGUAUGUCUUCGAGGAAGAGAAUUUCGGUUGUCGUCGCACGUUCCUGAAGCCAUUCGAUGGUAUCAAGACGUGCAAGGAGUUCCAGCAGGCUAUCAAAAGGUAUCUCAAGCAGGAGCCGCUUCCAAAAGUCGGUUCCGGAGUGCCUUUCAUUCCAUCAUAUUGCUUCAACAAUGUCGACGCGAGCAAUUUCGAUGGAACCAAAUUCGGCAUUGAAGAUAGUAUACUUGAAGACGAGUCUGAAGUGGAAAUCUUUGUGCGCUGCGUCAACCAUCUUCCAUCGCCGGAAGAAUUUGGCGAGCGGACAGACUUUAUCGACUUCCCGGAAAGCAUGUCGGUUAAGGCUGCUCCUCACAACGAGAUGGAAGAAGUCUGGAAGGCGAUCGCAGACGAACUCCAAGCGAAAGAUUCGACCAAAUUUGUUGGGUUUCUUGACUCGACCCGCAAAGACAAGAAGAAGCUUUACGCAUCGGCUGCGCUUUGGCAGGAACCAUUCGAGGAUACAUGGAACAAGCAGCUGUGGGUAUCGCCGCAGUUGAGGAAUGCUAAAGAACAAGAUCGCAGGAUGUAUUUGUUCGCCAACGCCAAAGCAGAGGAAGGCGAAUUGCCAAUCCCGCUGUCCAGGUUCUUGAAUAGACGUCUGUGGAACGGUGGCGAUCACCGCUUGUACGCUGAGGUCCAUUUUCUGCCGAAGCGACUAGGGGGAUGGCCAGUCACUGGAACGAUUGUGGGCAAGGCGCCGCCUCUUCCGGGACAAGCCAGCACGGCGAAUCGUGGAGCAAAUGCCGGCGAAGAAGAGGACAAUCUUGAUGAGGAGAUGACUGGGAAAAGCGGCGAAGAGGCGCAAAUUGAGGAGGAGGAGGAGGAGGAGGAGAUCGAGGAUGACGAGGAGGAUGGACAGGCGGAAGGCGAGAUGCAGUAG